ACCAGUGACGGAAAUAGAAUAUAUUAGGUUAUCAAGGGUUCACUUUUUUAUCUUUGUGAUUCUUUUGUAGUAAUGCCAAAUGCAUCGGAAAUUCACAACUCAAAAGCUCAGCCGUAGGGUAUCAUAUCGCAAUGCCUGCUAAACGGUCGACUGCCAUCCUCGCUCUACCGCACGAGUCGCUCCUUCAUCCACCGCCGCCCCUCAUCGCUCCCCAUUGCCUGCCUCGUCCAGCUGCCCCUCUUGCCUCCUGGCCCUUCAUGCGCCACCCAGAUAUGCAGAAGGCUGGGCGCUGUGCCGACGGGCGCCGAACAAACAAAAUCAAAAAGAAAAUACGGAACAAAGCAAACAAGAACAGAGAUUGCGCAUCGUUCUAUGGUCCCAGCAGCUCCGGAAUCCCCAGCCCCUUGAAACAUAAGAUUCCCCAAUGUAGCCGAAACACCCUGCCAUGGACGCGAAAGAAAAUUCACCCCCCGGGCACAUAUAAUACUAUUAAUAAACAAGCAUGGUUCAUGCAUCAAGCACAUUCGUUGGCUCGCCCUCGCAUCUGUUCGAGUUGGGCAUCUGCGAGGAAUGGAGUUCGAGAGGACGAGACGUCAACGAAAACAAUAAACAGGUCGAAAGUUGCGCGUUGCGUAGAUUCUGCUGGACGGCGCAUUGUCGACAGCCGGUAUGAACGUGGGGAAGAUGCUGCCCCUGGUCCGACCCACAUGAGGCCAUAUAACAAGAGUAUGAGAUAGAGAGGCCAGGGGCAAACGUAAAAUGGGGGGGGAGGAGAGAAGAAAUAAGAAUACGGAAAGACAAUCAGAUCACCGACUGAUCGAAAAAAUAUAGGUGU